CAGGGCUUGACUAGCCUAUCUUAUCUCAGCUUGCUCCAGCCUCUAUCGUCAUAAAGGGUUUCCCAACGAUGUCGACACACCCAUGAUCCUAUUUCUUGUCCCGCGAAGUCAGCGAAAUGAAGGCGUCAAACCCACCAGACAAGCACACGAGCGACAACAUCGAUGAACUCGUCAAUGGGCAGGAUGAUGGAGGUGAAACCGAGUUUUCGAUCUCGCGACAAGAUGCUUUGAUGCUUCUGGCGAUGGCCAGCCUCAGCUUGAUGGCCGCGCUGGAUGGGACCUCGAUUUCGGUUGCUUUGCCGACAAUAUCACAGGAUCUGGGCGGAACCGCGAUCGAAGCAUUCUGGACUGGAACCUCGUUCACAUUGUGCUCUGCCGUCUUCCAGCCUGUAUUCUCCUCGCUAUCGGACCUGUUCGGCCGCAAACCGUUGGUGCUGGUCGCGAUCGCCUGGUUCACGAUCGGCGCCAUUGUGGCCGGGGUCGCCCACAACUUCACGCACAUGCUCGUCGGCCGGUCGCUGCAGGGGAUCGGAGGCGGCGGGAUCAUCACCCUCACGGGCAUCCUCAUCGCCGACAUCGUGCCUCUGAGUGCACGGGCCAAGUACUUUGGGAUGCUGAGUGCGAUCUGGAGUCUGGGGACCGUGGUCGGGCCGGUGAUUGGGGGCUGCUUUGCGGAGAAAGUCACGUGGCGUUGGAUCUUCUACAUUAAUUUCCCCUUCAUUGGGAUCGGAGCGAUCCUGGUCGCGUGGUCUUCGAGCGCCCGGGCGGGAAAGCAGCCAUUUGCGACCCAAGUGCGCCAGAUCGACUUCCUCGGCAUCGCCCUGUUCAUUCCCAGCUCCGCGGCGUUCUUGAUCCCGCUGACGUGGGGCGGUGUGCUGUACGCCUGGGACUCGUGGCACACGUUAGUGCCGUUGCUGAUCGGGUGCGUCGGACUCUGCGUGUUCGCCGUUUACGAGUGGCGCGGGGCGCGACACCCGAUGAUUCCCCCGGCCAUCUUCCAGAACCGCACGGCCCUGAUCUCGUUCGCGGGCUACGCGGUCGUCGGGCUCCUGGUCUGGUGCUGUCUGUACUUCCUGCCGCUCUACUACGAGGCCGUCAAGUGCUUCCAGCCGAUCCUGUCGGGCAUCGCGCUGUUCCCUGAGACGUUCACCGUCGCGCCGAGCGGGGUCAUCGUGGGCCUGCUCAUCAGCCGCACGGGCCAGUACUACUGGGCUGUCUGUGUGGGGUGGUGUCUCUCGACGCUGGGCUUGGGUCUGCUGUGUUUGUUGGAUGUCCACACGGGGACUGUCGCCUGGGUCUUCUUGAAUCUCGUGCCCGGGGUUGGCAUCGGUAUGCUGCUACCCUCCGUCGCGCUGGCUGUGCAGGCGUCGGCGACGCCGGAGACCCUGGCGAUCGCCGUGGCUACCUCCACCUCGUUCCGGGGGUUUGGGCAGAGUAUCGGCGUGGCGAUCGGCGGCGUCAUCUUCCAGAACCGCAUGAAGAGCAAUCUCCUGCGCUACCCUGCGCUGCAGUCGCUGGCGGGUCAGUAUAGUGGGGACGCGGCGGGCGCGGUGGAACUGAUCAGGGGGAUGCAUGGCCCCGUCAAGGUGGAGCUGCAGCAGGCUUAUGCUGACAGUUUGAGGAUCGUCUGGGCGUUCUGCUGUGGGAUUUCGGGGUUGAUGUUGAUCGUCAGCCCGUUUACACAGUCGUACGAUUUGAAUCGCGUGCUGGUGACGAAGCAGGGCCCUGGCGAAGAGGAGAUAUACGCGCGGGAGAAUAAGACUCUUAAUCAUGGGGGUGGAGCAGCGGUUUAAGCCGUCGUGUUCUUGCCACUUGAAUCCUGGGAGGUAUAUAUGGCCUGUAUGGAUUCCUAUUCAAGAAGGGUUAUCCCAUUGGAGGUUGAAUGUGAUUUAGGUGGGACUUCCUGCUAUAAUUUAAUU